CUUUUUUACUUGAGAUAUAUUCAUCCAAAUCCCAACCCAAAAAAGAUCGUCUUUUGCAUCAAUUAAUCCAUUGAUUUUGCAUUAUUAUAGUUUUUGCAACAGUUUGUAUUUUGUAUUUUAUACAGUAGUGCUAUAGCCAUGGAUUCCCUUAACCCAAAUGGCUAUGAAAAAUUCUCAGCUUCACCACCGAAGUUCGGCCAAGAAGCUGCCACAACUGGGAUUCCAGUUAGCUCCUCAAGCCAAUACUACACCGAGAGUUCUCAUACCAAGACCGUUAUUCAGACUAAACCCAGAGUCCCUUGGUCCUCAGGGCUCUGCGACUGCUUCUCUGACUGGAGAAAUUGUUGCAUAACAUGUUGGUGCCCGUGCGUCACUUUUGGCCAAAUUGCUGAGAUUGUAGAUAAAGGAUCAUCAUCAUGUGGGGUAAAUGGAGCACUUUAUACGCUGAUAGCAUGUGUGACGGGAUGUGCAUGCUGCUACUCAUGCUUUUACCGGUCCAAAAUGAGGCAGCAGUACAUGCUGAAGAAACACCCUUGUGGGGAUUGCCUUGUCCAUUGCUUCUGCGAGUAUUGCGCCUUGUGUCAAGAGUACCGUGAACUGAAAACCCGCGGAUACGACUUAUCCAUAGGAUGGCAUGGAAAUAUGGAAAAGCAGAAUCGUGAAGUGGCUAUGACUUCAAUCCCACCUGUUGUUGAAGAUGGCAUGAGUCGUUGAACUGAAGAAGACAAUAGAUCAGUGGAACAUCUUGUUGAAGUACUACUAGUAAAUAUCCGAGUGCUGCCGGCCAUUAUAUAUCAAAUGGUUGUCAUGUCAUUGAAUUGUUUUUAUAUUGGAUUUUCCUAGCUUCUGCUCUCGACAAGCUAUUAUAGUACUGUUGUAAUUUUAAGGUUUCGAUGUUGGUAUUGUAUAAAUCAUAAGAUCAUGUCAAAUAUCUGAUGUUAAAACCUUGAGUUAUUAAUUCCUUUGGUUUAGACCUGUCAAAAAAUAAUAAAAUACUAAUAAUGAAACAUAUGAUGCAAAAUAUUAUAUUUUAUUUUGCUUCUGUGAGGUGUAUGUAUAUUAACUAAAUACCUUAAUUUACUUUUUAAUUUG